GUUUGAUGCCUCCUCCUGGUGAGAAACCUCAGAACAAACUAACUGAGCCAACGACAUCGUUGAUGUAACCCCAUUUAUUUUCGAACAAAUACCUGGUUGUUGUCUUUGGCGGUGUAGCAUGCUAACGUCCAUGUUAGCAACUAGCCUGUGAACGCUAAGCAUGGACCUGUUGAACUCUCAGUUCCUGGACAAGAUGAACAAUAACAUUGGGAGACUGCACUACGACGAUGAGUCCAGGAUCCUGUACCCACCGACUGCUGUGUCCACCAUAAUAACCGGGCCUCCUUCUCACUGUCCAAACAAACGGAAGUAUGGAGAAGAACAAAUGGAGGACAGAAUCAACUGUGAUGAAGACCACGUGACUAAAAUGAGCCGACUGUUCGCCACUCAGUUGGCCCGUCCCUCCGCUGGAGACAACUGUAACGAGCACUGGAGCCGCAGCCCUGUGGAGCAUAUUAUUUCUCCUAAUAGUAUCCAUGGGAACCACCCAUAUGCACCCAUUUCUGACUACGGCGUCAAUCAACCUCUGGCUUUGACCAGAAGCACCAAUGACUUUGGAGUCAGCAGAACAGCGAGGUCGGUUGUAAGCGCCACUGUGGAACGGCAGCAGAAUCGUCCCUCGGUCAUCACCUGCGCCCCUGCAAGCAACCGGAAUUGUAAUCUCUCGCACUGCCACAUGAACGGCUGCGCUCCCACCCCACCUACAGAUCAGAGAAGGACCAAUGCUAACGCCGUAUGUGACCCCGUGAUUGAGGAGCACUUUCGUCGCAGCCUUGGAAAGAACUACAAAGAGUCCGAGGACGUGUCCAAUUCGGUGUCCAUAACCGGUUCUGUGGAUGACCACUUUGCUAAGGCACUGGGUGAUACCUGGCGUAAGAUCCAAGCCAGGGGUGGGGGGCGUCAGACUCCAGAGGCUGAUUCAUAAGAAGUCGGAGGAGAGCGCUCUGUCCAUGUGAGCUUGGUGCACUCCCAUUCUCACCUCUUGCCAAGAAUCAACUUCCUUUAGCCAAGAACAGACAUGCUGCUCACCUGGGCCAGGUCAACCUUUUAAAAUCAGAUUUGUAGCCUAAAUUAUGCAAAUCUCGGCCACACAGGAACAACUUAAUACGGUAGUUUUGGGAAAAUCUACAAUCAUAGACUUUAGACCAAUUGUCAGGAUAAGCCCCCGUCCUUCACCUGAAACAGCCAAAGACAUUUCCUGCCUUAUCCCAUCAGCACAGAAGUCAUCUUUAUUCAAAUUAAACCUCUUAAAUUUACAGUA